GUCGUCGAUUCAGAAACCCAAUCACAUCGGACCGGACCGGACGGCGACGGAUGAGCUGCUCCAGCGUACCUACACGGAAAGCUCCGUCGCGUCCCCUCCGGUUGACCGCCGGUCCACUCUCCACACUCUCUCACUCGGCUAUAUAACCCAGCCCCGGCGCUCCUCGUUCCGCCACACUUCCAUCCACUCCCCUGCUUCCUCAUCAGCUCCGGUUCCUCUCAGCUCGGUCGGCGUGCGCGCGUGAGACUUGUGUGAGACCGAGUAGCCUGCCUGCCUGCCAUGGGCAAGAAGAAGAGCGGCGGCGGCGGUGGUGGCUGCAACGGCGGCGUGGAGAAGGUGGGGGCGAGGGAGUUCGCGCUGAAGGUGGCGAUGCACUGCCGGUGCCACGGGUGCACGGACAGGCUGCGGGCGGCGGUGCGGGACCUCACGCUGGCGACGGGGGUGGAGGCGGUGGACCAGUCGGCGGCCGAGGCCACCGGCGAGGUGCGGGUGCUGGCGACGUCCGACCCCGAGCGGCUCCGCAAGGGCCUCCGCAAGGCCACCGGCAAGAAGGUGGACCUCGUCUUCCCGCCCGCCAAGGACCGCAAGAAGGGGGAGGGGGAGCACGCCCGGGCCGCCGACGCCGCCGCGGUCCAGGCCCUGCUCGCCGACCUGCAGCUGCAACACCAGCACGGGGGUCAGGCGGCGGUGCGUCAGUAUGGCGGGCAGGGCGCGGCCGCCGCGUGGGCCGCGAGCCAGCAGCACCAGCAGCAGCUGCUCGGCCUCGGCCUCGGCGGCGGGUGGAACGGCGGUGGCGGCGCCGGGGGCUACGGCGCGGCGUACCCGUGGCAGCCCUCCUCUGCGGCGUCCUACUACUCCGGCGCUCCCGCCGCUGCUGCUGGCUGGGGCGCGUACGGCGGGUACGGGUACGCUCCUCCGGCGCAGGCUCCGGCCCAGGGCUACUACGGCGCCGGCGUGCCGGCGUGGCACGGUCAGAGCUACUGAUCGGUUCGUAGACGGAGCCGGCCGCGCGGGUCGGCGACGGACGAGUACGUCGGAUCGUCAUAGCAGAGCACCAGACGACGAUGGCAUAUACAUAUGCGUAGCGUACUCUUUUUGUGGUAGUAUAUCUCAGUUGAGUUAAUUAGUAGCAGUCGGGCGGUUGAUCGAGUAGUGGUAGUUAUUCCCAGCUGUGAUAGUAUAUCCGGCGAGCAGCUAUCCUGCUUCCUUUUGUUCAUGUAUAUUUUUGCGCUUGAGUGAUUUGAUGAGUUCCCUAUGCAUGUGAAAA